GAUCCGAGCAGGUAUAUAAGGGGCCCAGCUAGAGCCCAGCCAGACUGUGAACGCGACCUGCUCGAGACAACGCAUCAGGUGCGAGAAGCCCGCGGGUUCCUGCUGACUUGGCGCGGAGCAUUUUGAUAAGCCUACCCUUCCCGCCGGACUCGCUGGCCCACAGGCCCCCAAGCUCCGCUCCGACGGAAUCCCAGGGCCUUUUCACGGUGGCCGCUCCAGCCCCGGGAGCGCCUUCUCCUCCCGCCACGCUGGCGCACCUUCUUCCCGCCCCGGCAAUGUACAGCCUUCUGGAGACUGAACUCAAGAACCCCGUAGGGACACCCACACAAGCGGCGGGCACCGGCGGCCCCGCAGCCCCGGGAGGUGCAGGCAAGAGUAGUGCGAACGCAGCCGGCGGGGCGAACGCAGGCGGCGGCAGCAGCGGUGGUUCGAGCGGCGGUGGCGGGGGCACAGACCAGGACCGUGUGAAGCGGCCCAUGAACGCCUUCAUGGUAUGGUCCCGCGGGCAGCGGCGCAAAAUGGCCCUGGAGAACCCCAAGAUGCACAAUUCUGAGAUCAGCAAGCGCUUGGGCGCCGACUGGAAACUACUGACCGACGCCGAGAAGCGACCAUUCAUCGACGAGGCCAAGAGACUUCGCGCAGUGCACAUGAAGGAGUAUCCGGACUACAAGUACCGACCGCGCCGCAAGACCAAGACGCUGCUCAAGAAAGAUAAGUACUCCCUGCCCAGUGGCCUGCUGCCCCCCGGUGCCGCCGCCGCCGCCGCCGCUGCUGCGGCCGCAGCCGCUGCCGCUAGCAGUCCGGUGGGCGUGGGCCAGCGCCUGGACACGUACACGCACGUGAACGGCUGGGCCAACGGCGCGUACUCGCUGGUGCAGGAGCAGCUGGGCUACGCGCAGCCCCCGAGCAUGAGCAGCCCGCCGCCACCGCCAGCGCUGCCGCCGAUGCACCGCUACGACAUGGCCGGCCUGCAGUACAGCCCCAUGAUGCCGCCCGGCGCUCAGAGCUACAUGAACGUCGCUGCCGCGGCCGCCGCCGCCUCGGGCUACGGGGGCAUGGCGCCCUCAGCCACAGCCGCCGCGGCCGCCGCCUACGGGCAGCAGCCCGCCACCGCCGCGGCCGCAGCUGCGGCCGCAGCCGCCAUGAGCCUGGGCCCCAUGGGCUCGGUAGUGAAGUCUGAGCCCAGCUCGCCGCCGCCCGCCAUCGCAUCGCACUCUCAGCGCGCGUGCCUCGGCGACCUGCGCGACAUGAUCAGCAUGUACCUGCCACCC